UUGUAAACAAGUGUUAAACACACAGUAUCUCUGUCAAACUGCUCCUCUUCCUGGAAUGACUCAGCGCUUGAUGAGCCCUCCCUCCUCUUCCUGCUCUCACACACACAGCCAGCUCCACUCUGUCCACACAUUUCCUUGUUCCCUCCCCUUCAGAUCUACAGUGUGGAACCAACACGGUGGUGACGUGAGAGAGCUGACAGGCUCCAUUCACUGCAGGAACACAUGAUGUUUAGAUCAGAGCUCAAACUACUUUCACUUCUCAGAGAGUGAAACUCACACAGUCACUGCCACGAGGUGAAAUGGCGCAGCGAGGAGUUGAGCUGGACCGAGAAACCUUGUCUUGUUCCAUCUGUCUGGAUCUACUGAAGGAUCCGGGGACUCUUCCCUGUGGACACAGCUACUGCAUCAACUGUAUUCAAAGCUUCUGGGAUGGAGAGGAUGAGAAGAGAAUCUACAGCUGCCCUCAGUGUAGGCAGAGCUUCACACCGAGGCCUGUCCUGAUGAAAAGCACCAUGUUAGCAGAUUUAGUGGAGAAACUGAAGAAGACUGGACUCCAAGCUGCUCCUGCUGAUCACUGCUAUGCUGGAGCUGAAGAUGUGGCCUGUGAUGUCUGCACUGGGAGGAAACUGAAAGCCUUCAAGUCCUGUCUGCAGUGUGUGGCCUCUUACUGUGAGAAACACCUCCAGCCUCAUCGUGACUCGGCUCCAUUACAGAAACACAAGCUGGUGGAGCCCUCCAAGAAGCUGCAGGAGAACAUCUGCUCUCGUCAUGAUGAGGUGAUGAAGAUGUUCUGCCGCACUGAUCAGCAGUGUAUCUGUUAUCUCUGCUCUGUGGAUGAACAUAAAGGCCACGACACAGUGUCAGCUGCAGCAGAAAGGACUGAGAGGCAGAGAGAGCUGGAGGUGAGUCGACAAAACAUCCAGCAGAGAAUCCAGGACACAGAGAAAGAUGUGAAGCUGCUCCAACAGGAGGUGGAGGCUAUCAGUCGCUCUGCUGAUAAAGCAGUGGAGCACAGUGAGAAGAUCUUCACUGAGCUGAUCCGUCUCAUGGAGAAAAGACGCUCUGAUGUGAAGCAGCAGCUCAGAUGGCAGCAGGAAACUGAAGUGAGUCGAGUCAAAGAGCUUCAGGAGAAGCUGGAGCAGGAGAUCACUGAGCUGAAGAGGAAAGACGCUGAGCUGGAGCAGCUCUCACACACACAGGAUCACACCCAGUUUCUACACAACUACCCCUCACUGUCAGCACUCAGUGAAGCCACACACUCAUCCAGCAUCAACAUCCGUCCUCGCCGCUACUUUGAGGACGUGACAGCGGCUGUGUCAGGAGUCAGAGAUAAACUACAGGACGCUCUGAGGGACACAUGGACAAACGUCUCACUGACAGUGGCUGAAGUGGAUGUUUUACUGCCACAACCAGAGCCCAAGACCAGAGCUGAGUUCUUCAGAUAUUCACGUCACAUCACACUGGAUCCAAACACAGCACACACACUGCUGUUAUUAUCUGAGGGGAACAGGAAAGUGACAUUAAUGAGUGAACACCAGUCUUAUUCUAAACACCCAGACAGAUUCACUGACUAUUAUCAGGUCCUGAGUAGAGAGAGUCUGACUGGACGUUGUUACUGGGAGGUGGAGUGGAGAGGAUUAGGAGGAGUUGAUGUAGCAGUCGUAUACAAGAAUAUCAGCAGAGCAGGGAGGGGUGAAUGUAGAUUUGGACGAAAUGACAAAUCUUGGUCGUUACAUUGUGACAAUAACAGUUAUAACUUUUAUCACAACAAAGUCCAAACUCCCGUCUCAGGUCCUCGGUCCUCCAGAGUAGGAGUGUACCUGGAUCACAGAGCAGGUAUUCUGUCCUUCUACAGCGUCUCUGAAACCAUGACUCUCCUCCACAGAGUCCAGACCACAUUCACUCAGCCUCUCUACGCUGGACUACGUCUUUAUUUUUCUCAAUUAUUCCUUUUUUUUCAUGUAGCCACUGCAGAGUUGUGUGAACUGAAACAGUCUGAAGUCAUUUAAGGGUUAAACUCUGUCUUUAGUCUCCAUGUUUGUUGCUGACAGCUGAUUGUUGUGGUGUUUCUUCACUGCACUGAGAUCAGCUGUCAGUCAAACAUUGUGGGCGGGACUUUGACAUCUUCUCCUGAGUUGUUGUGUAAAUGUUUGAGUGUGUGUAGGUGGCGCUCCUUCCUGUCUGUGUCAUUUCCUUUAUCCUCCACACUUUGUUCUCUUUGUGUUCAUCUGUAAAGAAAUCUAUAAUCACAUUUAAUUGUUUGGCAGACCAAAUGUUGUUGUUGUUAUGAGGUUUAAUAGAAGUGUAAUGAUCCUGAUCAUAAUCAAUAAGGACAUCAUUCAUUAUUGUCUUGUACACAGCUGAGAUUCUUGUGCGGAUGAAGUGAAUCUGAACAUGAAAUCACUGAACAAGAGUCAUUUAAUAGUGUUUGCUUUCUGUUUUUGUGUC